AUGAUCAGCGGGGCACAGCUGAGCCCCUCACCCACCGCCAUGGCGGGGCUGCUGCCGCCGCUCUCCUCCUGCCGGCUCUGGCUCGUCUGUCUGCUGGGCUUGGCGCAGCUCAGCCGUGCUCAACUAGCGGGGGAUGGAGGAGCCUUCAACCCCGGACAGACCUCCCCCGGAGACGUGUCUGCAGCCCAGCAGCGCAGGUAUUUGUUAUAUGAUGUAAAUCCACCUGAAGGAUUUAAUCUUCGACGAGAUGUUUAUCUACGCAUGGCAUCCUUGUUGAAGAGUCUGCUAAAGAGUGAAGCUUGGGUACUGGUCCUUCCUCCCUGGGGGCAUCUCUACCAUUGGCAAAGCAAAGGUCUUGAACAAGUUCGCAUUCCAUGGUCUGCAUUCUUUGAUGUGCCUAGCCUAAACAAGAACAUCCCCAUUAUUGAAUAUGAGGAGUUCAUUGCAGAGUCAGGCGGACCAUUUAUACAGCAAAUCUAUGUUCUGCAAGGAUAUGCAGAAGGUUGGACAGAGGGCCACUGGGAAGAAAAGGUGGAUGAGCGACUUUGCAUCGAAGAUCUUGCAUAUGUGAAUGACAAACAAGGAUUUUAUAGAGGUUGGUUUUGGGGUUACGAGGAGACAAGAGGCCUCAGUGUCGCCUGUGUGUCUGUGCAAGGUUCAGCCUCCAUCAUGGUGCCGGUUCUUCUGAAAAACACCACAGCACAGUCUGUAAUGUUAGACAGAGCAGAGAACCUACUUCAUGACCAUUACGCAGGGAGAAGUUACUGGGAUGCUCGGAGAAGCAUGGUGUUUGCCAAACAUCUACGUGUGGCUGGGGAUGAAUUCAGGGCAAAAUACCUAAACUCUACAGAUGAAUUGGACAACACUAUUUAUAAUGAGGAUUGGACUAAGAUGAAGGUGAAGUUGGGCACUGCCAAAGGAGGUCCGUACUUGGGUGUGCAUCUGAGGAGGAAGGACUUUAUCUGGGGCCACAGAAAGGAUGUCCCAAGCAUCAAAGGAACAGCCAAGAAGAUUCACAACCUAAUGAAAGAGCUGAAAUUGGACAAAGUGUUUGUGGCCACAGACGCUGCUGAGGACGACUUGAAGGAGCUGAAAAGCCUUCUCCCAAAGAUGAUUCGAUUUGAACCAACCCAAGCAGAGCUGCAAUUAUACAAAGAUGGAGGAGUCGCCAUCAUUGACCAGUGGAUCUGCGCUCAUGCCAGAUUUUUCAUUGGAACUUCAGUGUCAACCUUUUCCUUCCGUAUCCACGAGGAGCGCGAGAUUCUGGGCUUUGAACCAAAAACUACUUACAACAGGCUGUGCGGUGACCAAGAAAAGGAAUGUGAGCAGCCAACACAUUGGAAGAUCGUCUACUGAACGGGAUAGUGUUGUAAUGCCACUCAAUUACCUCAACUGAUCUAAGUUAUCCAGUUAGUUGUAAGAGAGUCAAACACAUCGUUUACAAGAAGCCUUUCACAUCAUUUUCAUGCAGCAUUCUGGUAUUGUUGAACCAAUUCUGCUAAUGGCAUCGUUCCCCUUGGUGAUCCACUGAGUAACCAGCAGGGUUCUCCUGCCAAGCAGUUCAGGGUAAUUCUACACAGAUAUAGAGGCAGCGCCUUCUCUCUUGGGAUCCUGCUGUAAGAUUGUGUAAAAGAGUGAUUAUUUUCAAUAGAACAUUAAUUACUGCCAGCUUAUACUUUACCUGUAAGAAAAUACCUUCUCUUCCAAUUCAUUAUCAUUCCACCUCAGUAGGAUUAAGAUGUUAAAAAAAAUCUUCAGCACGCUUUACAUAAUUAAAGUACACAAAUAGUCUAAAGAUACGAAGGAGAUAUUUUACAAAUGUCAGCCUAGCUCCAUAGUAUUUGGAUCCAUGAUAGUAACAACUAACGUAAUUUAGUUGGAAACAGAUUGAGUAAUGAAACCCAAACCUCAAGUGCCCGCUCUGAUUUUAUCAGAACCUACCGCUCUCUUAUGCUUAAUUAUUUAAACACUAAUCAGGAAACAGCAACAUGUAAGCAUUUGAUUAAUCAGUCAAUGUUGUCCCAAGGAAGAAACAGUUCUCAUUGUUCAAGUUUGAGUGCAUCACAGUUGCUGGAAAACUAUUUCCUCAUGAAUUCCUCUCCAGCACAUUCCAAAAUCAGUUUCAUGCUCAUACUGUUCUUUUAUUUACCUCAAAAAUUGAAUUCAGCACAUUAACAACCUAUGGAGACAGAGGAUGAAGCAGUUAGCUGUUUCAGAGUGGAGCUUAGCUCGUGCCUUGCUGACAGAGGAAGGGUGCCUUGUAACAGUUGAACUAAAGAUAUGCAGACACCAGAAAGAGUUGCAAUUCAGGUCUGCCAAAAUCUAAACUGGAGAACCUGGCCUGUAAAAUUGUCAAACAUUAAGUAUUUUAUACUUUCAUUCUAUAAAUCAGGAUAUUGUACCAUUUUAUAUUGUAGAAUAUAAAAUUUGCAGUCCUUGAUUAGAGUUUUAUUUUAGAUGCAUUGCACACAUUUGUAUUGGACCACCUUUAGAUAUUUGUGGCCAACCUUGAGAUAGCUGAGGUUGCAAUACAUUUAAGGGUAAACAUGAUGUGGAGAAGUUUCUUUGUAAAUAUAAACACUAUUGAAAUGUGUAGUUUCGAGUGUAUCUGGAUAAUUGGAUCUCCCCUUUGAAAUACCAGUAUUCACUUUUCACCAGGCUGCUUUAAAAUGCUGUAACAGAUCAAACACUUACUUAAAUGUAUUUUAGAUGACCUGUUCACCUCUUUUAUUUUCUUCUAAGACAUCUAUACCUUCUGUUUCCAUCCUUGCUUGGUUACCACAGCUAGUCACAAUUUUACAUUUGACUCCUCAGUGUUCACAUCAAGCAUUAAAACUGUUCGAAUCCACAAGAAGCUUGAAGCUUGAGUAGUUCCCAGACAGAAUGUCAUGACUCUUGAUGCAGUAUAGAUCACUAACUAUUUAUAAAUGCAGUUUGUAUACUAUUUUUGAAAUAAAAAGCUCCACAAUCU